AUGCAGAUCGUGGCUCCCGCCAGAUUUCUGGAUGGUGUGGUUUUUGCCGUGUUCUUGCUCUUUGUGUCUGGCGCCGGGCUCUUUAUCUUCGGCGAGUUCCACAAGACCGCGAUGUGCGUCAUCACGGAGGCGAAGAAGUUGGGCAUGUUUGCAGACAUUAUGGAUAAGGCGCCCUUGCUGCGAUGCGCCCUUGGAUUGCCUUGCAGUGUUUUCCUAACCCUGUCUAGAUUCGAGAUAUUGCGAGCCCCAAUUUAUGGCUUAGUGAAAGUCCUGACCUAA